CCAAAACUGCUAACUAUAAGAGGAGCAGUCAAGCACACCACACAUCCAUAUCUGCCGAGUGAUCUUUGCCUCUCCACCAAAAAUGGCCUUCUUCUUCUUCUUCAUCCGCAUGGCGGUGCUCCUCUUCUUGCUGAGCACAACAUGCGCCACCGCACUCACCCCAACACCGAAUGCCACAGACCUUGCUGCGCUGCUCGCCUUCAAGGCACAGCUCAAGGACCCCUUUGGCAUCCUUGCGAGCAACUGGACUCCGACUGCCUCCUCCUGCUCGUGGGCCGGCGUCUCAUGUGACCGCAGGCAGCGCGUCACCGGCCUGGAGUUCCACGAUGUGCCGCUCCAGGGCAGCGUCGCGCCAGAGCUAGGCAAUCUCUCUUUCCUCUCGACUCUGGUCCUCAGCAACACCAGCGUCAUGGGUACCGUGCCAAGCGAGCUUGGUAGUCUGCCAUGGCUUCAAACUCUUGAUCUUUCUUACAACAGCUUGUCAGCUCUCAGGGAAUCUCGAUUUCCUGGCAGUAUUAUCCAAAUGCAGGAGCCUGGAUACCAUAGACAUAGCAGCAAAUGAAUUCACAGGGAUACUACCACCCUACAUGGGAAACCUCAGCACAGCGCUGCAAUAU